AUCUCGCCGGAAGUGACGCUACGCUACGUGAGUGCGCAUGUUACUUUCACUUUUGAGCUUAAGUCUGUGAUUGUAGCAGCAAUACUUGCAUUAACAGCGGUAUUUAUGCAAUAAGCGACUUAAAUUACAAUCAUGCCUGAAAGUAAGCAUAAAGUAUUGUAUAAUAUUAUUAACUUUCGUAGAUCAGUGUGGAAAAGUUGCUUUCGCGUUCACAAUUAGUAAAGUAUUGCAAGUGUACCCGGACUGACUGACCCUCGAUCGCUAACACCCUAGCACCUAACUACAUGGGGUGGAGCCCGUGGAGGAAAGGAGGCUGAGUGGACGAGCCGCUAUUCCACUCGCUAACACAGUCUCAAAGCUCUACUGCCAUACCAAGCUGUUUGUACUGGACAGCUUGGGCACUACGUCGACCGCUGUCCGUCUCGCGCCGCUCGCGCGACCACGCGUGGGGUGGAAGGGGAUGCAGGGUGGAGGGACCAAGCACUGCCAGCGGUACCUGCUGACCUAAUCAAACGCUCCCGCUACAGUUAGAAGCGAGUGUGAUCGUCCUUUCACCACGUGCUCUCACAGUUGAGGUGGUUGUCGUCUGUGACUGAAGCAGUAUUUGUAUUGCACGGUAUUUAGGCAGUAAACGACAUAAAUUGCAAUCAUGUCCGAAAGAGAAAUGAACAUGUUUUCUAAUCCUCUGCUUCCCAUUGGGCUUGAAGAUGACCACAUGAAAGAUGUACAUCCACUAAAGAAUGAAGAUUUCCAGAAGAUGUUGAUGACACCACUUGGGGCAUCAAAUGUAUUGACUGCAACUAUCAGCCAAGCAAAGCGAAGGGCAGAGUUCAAAGUAGAUAAGGAGGAAGAUGCUGCCACUAUGAGGAAAAAGAAAAAGAGCUACUAUGCUAAACUUCAAAGAGAUAAAGAAGAAAGGCAGAAGGAGCUAGCAUCAAAACACAAGGACAGAGCAAGGGAGCGAUGUGGUGGUCUAAACAGGGAUGAACCAGAGCAGAUGAGCACAAGGGAUGAUUACAGGGCAGUGGCUCCUGAUGCGAAAUCGGAAGAAGAGGACCCGGAAGAAAAGAUCGAGUUCAAAACAAAACUGGGGUACAACAUCUAUCGCACAUUAUUCAAAAACAAAAUCCCGCCACAUAACGAACCUUUUCUCCCCAAACGGAUGGCAUGUGCUGUGGACCUGGAAGAUGGUAAUUUUGACAUACCAAGUACCAUCAUAUGCAGCAAGGCUGACAGUCCAAGCUUGGAGAACACCGCAAAGUUGACAACACAGGACCUUGUUAUCAACAAAGUGAUACAGAUUUUUUCCGAUCUACGGCUAGGCAAACGUGAACUCCAGGAGAAAGGAAAACAGAAAGAGGAUGACAAGCCUAAAGAAAAACCUGUGGGUGCUGAUGAAAGGGCGGCAGCCAAAGCCAAAGAGGAGCGACUCAAAAAGCUGAAGGCAAAAACAGAGAUUGACAGCUUCACUGAAUGCUACCCUGGAAUGAUGGAAUCAGCUGAUGCUAUUGACGACUCUGAUGAGGAAGCAGGCUACACAAGGAAGGACCGCGGCAGCAAGAAGGGACCAGUUGGACGUUGGGGCUUUGACACGCAAGAAGAAUACAGUUCCUACAUGUCUAGAAGAGAAGAUUUACCAAAGGCAGCCUUGCAGUAUGGAAGGAAGAUGUCUGAUGGUCGUAAAUCACGUAGAGUUGGACCCAGACUAGACAGGGAACUUAAACAAAGCCACAGAGUCACCGAGAAACUAAAAGCUGGUGAUUCAAGGAAGCAUAAAUAUUAGUUCCAGCAAUUGAAAAAACAUCAGGAUACACAGAUCAUAUGCUGUUGGUGUUUGCAAGCCUAAAUAUUUGCUGGUGAUAUUUUUUUUCUGUAAGUUUUGUUCCAUCUUUUCUUUCGCUCAUUCAUGUUUGAUUAUUAAACUGUGUUUGCUUGAUAACCAAUAUUGUCUAUUGUUUUUGCCUUUGGUUUCCAGUCAGUCCAGAGUGGCGUAGUAUCACUUGUUAUUGGUUAUAGACUAUAUUGAGGUCAGUGUAAAACUUGUGUAAAAGAAGAGAUACUGAAAACAAAUUAGAAAAUUAAAUAAAUUAAAAAAAAAUU